GUAAAUCUUCUGCCGAAGUGAGGCCACGAAGCAGCUAGCGCCAUGUUCGAGAAGACGCUGGCAGACCUGGUCAAGGGCAUCCGCUCCUGCAAGGGCGAUGUGUCCGUGUACAUCUCCCAGAGCAUGCAAGAGAUCAAGACCGAGCUCAAGUCCACCGACCCCUUCAUCAAGUCGCAGGCCAUUCGCAAGCUCACGUAUCUCAACAUGCAGGGGUACGACAUGAGCUGGGCCGCAUUCCACACGGUGGAAGUCAUGUCGUACGAGCGCUUUGCGCACAAGCGCAUCGGGUAUCUGGCGGCGAGCCAGUCCUUCACCCAAAACACGGACGUCGUGCUUCUCUGCACCAACUUGUUCAAGAAGGAGUUUGGGAGCGUCAACGAGUACGAGGUCGGGCUCGCGUUGAACGCGAUGGCCAACAUCUGCACGCUGGACUUGGCACGGGACCUUCUCGGCGACAUCCUGAGCCUCAUGAAUAGCCACAAGCCGUACGUGCGCAAGAAGGCGACGCUGAUCCUGUACAAGCUGUUCGUGCGGUACCCCCAGGGACUUCGCUUGAGCUUUGACCGUCUCAAGGAGCGCAUGGAGGAGCCGGACGUGUCGGUCGUGUCGUGCUCCGUGAACGUGAUCUGCGAGCUCGCGAACAAGAAGCCCAAGAACUACAUCGGCCUCGCGCCGCAGUUCUUUCGACUGCUCACCACGAGCUCCAACAACUGGAUGCUCAUCAAGGUGGUGAAACUCAUGAGCUCCCUCGUCCCCGAAGAGCCGCGGUUGGCGAGAAAGUUGCUCGAUCCCCUAGCAACGAUCAUCCAGAACACCGGGGCCAAGUCGCUUCUGUACGAAUGCAUCAGCACCGUCACCACGGCGUUGCUUUACACCCAAAAGAGCGACGGCACCCAGCCGCGGAACGUCCCCGCCAUCGUCAAGCUCUGCAACGACCACUUGCGUCGGCACAUUGAAGACCCUGACCAAAACCUCCGGUACUUGGGUCUCGUGGGUCUGAGUAACCUCAUGCACAGCCAUCCGCAUGUGAUCAGCGACCACCAGCAUGCCAUUCUCGAGUGUUUGUCCGUGGAGGACACGACCAUCCGGUUGCGGGCCCUCGAAUUGCUGGUGGGGAUGGUCAAUCCGGAUAACGCAUCCGGCAUCAUCGAGGAGCUGAUGCGGCACACGGUCGUGGCGGACGGCGUGUACCGGCAGGACCUCAUGGCCAAGAUCCUGCUCGUGUGUUCGGUGCAAAAGUACCAAAAUGUGUCGGAUUUUGACUGGUAUUUGGGCAUUUUGGUGCAAUUGGCCACCGUGCCAGGCGAAAAUGCCAAAAAUGCCGCGGAAAUCACGCGCCAGCUCGUGGAUCUGGCCGUGCGCGUCAAAGGCAUCCGCGCCAUGCUGGUCCAGAAAAUGAUCGAAUUCCUUCUCGAUGAAGACGCAGUCACGGGACCCGGGGCCAAAACCACGUGCCAAGUGUUGUACGCGGCGGGAUGGAUCAUUGGCGAGUUUAUCUUGGAGUACGUGGAAGACGAAGACGACGACGACGACGACGACGACGGACGUCUCGACGAUGUCAUGAACGCCGCCGACCACAUGCUGCUGCCCCGCACCACGUCGCUGCCUGCGCCGGUGCAGGCCGUGUACAUGCAGGCGCUGCUGAAGCUGCUCAUGGUGAUGGUGGACAAGGCGGACGAAGCCACGGUCGACAGCCUAGCGCAGAUGAUUGUGGAGCGACUGCCGGCGUUCGUGCAGAGCGAACACAUUGAAGUGCAAGAACGAGCGUGCGGCGUGCAGGAAAUCGUGCUGGGGCUGGGCCUGGGCUUGAACGCGUUGAGUGCGGACGACCGCGCGAACCGCGUGUUUGAUUCCCAGCCGUUGAGUGCCGACACCCGCGUGGAAGUGCUCACGAGCUUCUUUGCCGAACCGUUGGCCCCCGUUGGAGCCAAAGCGCAAGGCAAAGUGCCGUUGCCGCCUGGUUUGGAUUUGGACGAGCCGUUUGACCGGGAUGUGGCGGCGUUUUUGGCCGCCGGCGGUGAUUUGGAUGUGCUGGACGAGGAUGCCGAAGUGUCGUUUGUGAACCAGCCCCACGCGUCGACGUCAUUGGGCGGCCCCGAUGGCUCGUACGUGAACUUGAAUGACGACCGAUCCAGCAGCGAAAGCGAGGACGACGCGAAGCUCGAAUUGACGUCGAAAGUGGACAAGUCGAAUGCGUUUUACAUCAAAUCGAGUGAUAACACCCCCCAAAACAACAUGGUGGGCAAUUUGUUGCAAGCGCUGGAAAAGCAAAAGAAGAAGAAAAAGGCGAAAAAGUCGAAAAAGAUUGUGAUUUUGGACGACGAGCCGGACAAUGGAUCGAGCGACGAUUCGCGCAGGAGAUCGACGAAGAAGAAGGCGGCGCAGUACGACGACCUGAGUCAAGUGGACCUGACGACUCCACUGGGGGACGACGAGGUCAUUCCGGACUCUCACUGGCACCACCGCCAAGUGCGGGCGGACGAAGCCAAGGACAAGUCGAAGAAGAAGAAGAAGAACAAGACGAUGGAAGUGGAAGUUGUUGAGAAGAAGAAGAAGAAGGAGAAGGCCGUGUUGAGUGUGGAGGAACCGACUGCUAAAGCCAAGAAGACCAAGAAGGAUGGACAGAAGAAGAAGAAGCCCAAGAAGCAGCAGCCCAACGACGACGACCAAGUGCUGCUCUUGUUUUAACAACCCAGAACGUCGGCUUUCCUGUGAAAUGUUAUGAAACCCCUUCCCUGUGAAAAGUUAUAACAACCCCGAAACCCCGCAAUGGUAUCCGAUGACACAGUCC